AUGUCAAAUCGGUCACUACGGACGGCCGUUCGGUCAGUCGGUCGACUUAAUGGACGAACGGCACGCCCUUCAGGCCUUGCGCCGAGGCAAUUCAGCACUUCACCAGCGCAUGGUGUAAGAGCCGUAUUCGCCGAGACCGAAAACGACGAAAUGAACAAAGUCCUCAACACCAUCCAAGAAACCAUCAUCCUCCCCGCCUACCUCCCAGAAAAGCAGCGCAAGCUCGUCUUCGACCCCAAGAUGAAGUCCUACCUCGAGCAGAACCCCAUCAUCAUCGAAGUCGAGGGUCUCGAACACAAAUUUUCCACCAUUGAUCGAUUUGCCGGCAUCGAAAACUCAAAGACCAUUCUCAACAAGGCCCUCAAAAGCAUGCAGAGCCAGGAUGACUGGGCCAACCUGGCAACUCUUUUGGCGGGGUAUAAGAAGGCCGGCAUAAGGCUAAAGGCCAACCACUGGGGAAAGAUUGUACGCAUGGCAGGAGAGAGCGGCAACAUUCACGCCGUGAUUGAGUGCGCGAAGCAGUCCGACAAGACCGGGCUCAUGUUCACCAACCGGGAAACAGUCGUCCGAGUACUAUCUUACAUCAACGAAAAGGUCACCAGCAGCAAUUGGGACGUGGUCGAGACGAAGCAGGCACAAACAUGGGCGGACCAAGUCCUCGAUCUCCUCCAGCGCAAGGAACAUGCGAUUGAAGGCCAGCCCACCCGCGAGAGACUACACUUCUCCCGCGUCGUCCGCGGAAUGACCCUCUUCGCAAAGGCCUCUGCCGCCAAAGUCAAGCAACAAGCCGGUGAACCCGUCGAGCAAGACCUCGUGCUGCUCAAGGAUGAAGUCGACCUGCUCAGCUCACUAUGGAAAGACUCAACGAAUGCGAACCUGGAAGAGGUCGCUGACUUUGCAAAACUCAACCCUACCUUGGAGAGAAACUCCAACCCCAAGGGAGUCAAGAUACCUACCGCCCUGAACGGAAGUGCAUACGUGAAAGUCUUGGCACAGAACAUCAAGGGUAUCUCGCUGGCGCGUGAGGUCCUUGGUGAAGAUGCUCAAGGCCUCGCACCGGUUGAGGUCACUCUAGCCGACCACUUGCGGAACUUUGUAAAGACUAGCAAGAGCUCAACAGAAGGCUGGGAUCAAGAAUACUCGACAAUCGUCGGACAGGCACCGAAGUGGUAA